CUCCCAAUACCCGGUUUUUGAACCGGAUAUAUCCGGUAAAGCUCCACAUUUCGAACCUAGUGGAGUCCUUGUCACUGGUUCAAAGUUGCUGGUGACCGCAGAAACGUCAUGGGUCCACGGAAGCAUUCGCGAUCGUCGUCGUCGUCGUCGUCGUCAGGUUCUAGCCGCAGUCCAUCCCGACGUCGACGGAGUCCAUCACCCCAGCGCCGCACAGGCGAUCGGCCUUCUUCGCGGAGAAGCGAGUCGAGACCACGCGAUCGCCGUCGACGGAGCAGCCGAUCCAAUUCCCCAAAGCGACCUCGGACACGAGAUCGUAGCAGCGACAGAGGUCGGAAUCAUCGAGGGGAGCGGCGUCGAGACGACGACAAUGAUCGUCGGCGCCGGUCGCCGCGCUCUCCCGUCGUCGUGAAAGCGACAGGUGCUUCCCCCAACGAUGGGAAGCGCGACAACAAGGAGAACGACACGCCGUCCCAAGACCAACCGACCAAAAGCAAGACCGUCAACAUCUUGACACAGGAUACCCGCAGCGGACGCACUGGUGGGGUGUACAUUCCGCCGUUCAAGUUGGCGCAGAUGAAAUCCGAGAUUGAGGACAAGACGUCGCAGGAGUACCAGCGCACGACGUGGGAUGCGUUGCGGAAGAGCAUCAACGGGCACAUCAACAAGGUGAACGUGUCCAACAUCGCCAACAUCCUCCCGGAGCUGUUCCAGGAGAACCUCGUGCGCGGUCGCGGUCUGCUUGUGCGUUCGAUCAUGAAGGCGCAGCUGGCGUCGCCAGGGUUCACGCACAUCUACGCGGCACUGGUUGCCGUGAUCAACACCAAGCUUCCCGAGAACGGCGAGCUGCUGGUCAAGCGCGUGGUCCACCGCUUCCGCCGGUCGUUCAAGCGCGGGGACAAGGUCGUGGCCAUCGCGCUCGUUCGGUUCAUUGCGCACUUGGUUAACCAGCAAGUGGUGCACGAGCUCCUGGCACUGCAGGUGCUGUGGCUGCUCAUCAAAAACCCCACGGACGACUCGGUGGAGGUGGCGGUGAACUUUACCAAGGAGUGCGGCGCCAUGAUGUCGGAGGUGUGUCCCGAAGGCAUGCGCGGCAUCUUUGAGCGGUUCCGCGGCAUCCUCCACGAAGGCGAGAUCGACAAGCGCGUGCAGUAUACGAUCGAAGGGCUGUUUGCGAUUCGAAAGGGCGGCUUUGCCGACUACCCGAGCGUGCACGAAGCCCUCGAUUUGGUCGACUCGAACGACCAGAUCACUCACGAGCUCGGGCUUGAAGACGACGUGGACGUUGAAGACAAGCUCGACGUGUUCCGGUUCGACUUGGAGUUUGCCAAGAACGAAAAGAUGUGGGGCGAGAUCAAGAAGGAGUUGCUUGGCGAAGACAGCGACGACGAGAGCGGCGGCGACGGCGACGACGAGAGCGGCGGCGACGACUCGGACAGCGAGGAUGAGCAGCCAAGUACCAAUGCCAAGAGUGUGGUGAUUCACGACUUUAGCGAACAAGAUCUCGUCAACCUGCGCCGCACAAUCUACCUGACCAUCAUGUCGAGCGUAUCCCACGAAGAAUGUGCACACAAGCUAUUGCGGUUGAACAUCCGUCCAGGCCAAGAGCCCGAGAUCUGCGCCAUGCUCAUCGACUGCUGCGCCCAAGAGCGGACGUACUUGCGGUACUAUGGCCUGCUCGGGCAGCGGUUCUGCCUCGUCCAGCGCGAGUACCAGGCCGCGUUUGACGAUAGCUUUGCCAACCAGUAUGCGACGAUCCACCGGUUAGAAACCAACAAGCUGCGCAACGUGGCCAAGUUCUUUGCGCACCUGCUCUUCUCGGAUGCGCUGCCGUGGACCGUGUUUGAGUACAUCCGCCUGAACGAACAAGAAACGACGUCGUCCAGCCGUAUCUUCAUCAAGAUUCUGGUCCAGGAGCUGUCGGAACACUUGGGCGUGCAGAAGCUCAAGCUGCGCUUCCUAGACGAGUUUAUGGCGACGACGUUUGCCGGGCUGUUUCCCAAGGACAACCCGCGCAACACGCGAUUUGCCAUCAACUUUUUCACGUCCAUUGGACUCGGCGGACUCACCACGGACCUCCGCGAGCACCUGAAGAACGCGCCAAAGCUGCUCAUGGCCGCGCCGUCCGCGCGCCACCAGGAUGGAUCUUCGUCCGAUAGUAGCAGCAGCAGCAGUAGCAGUAGCAGCUCGGGGUCGUCGUCGAGUGGCAGCUCCUCUAGUGGGUCGUCGUCCAGCGACAGCAGUUCGAGUGAUUCCGACUAGUAAUUUGAUUAACAUUGUGUACUGCAUCCAACACAA